AUGACUCAGCGACGCCACAUUGUAGUAGACCCCUCUUCUAUAGAUCCAAAGGACCUUGAUGAUAUGGCCAGUUUGGAUGGUACAGAAGGGUGCCCAGCUCCACUGUUGGGAAGGUGUUUGUUGGGAUGUUACUACUUUUUCAGACCGAGUAAACGACCCAUUAUUUACGAGAUUGACCAAACAUUAUUCGUGGAGCCUGUUUGGACUGGCACUCAUUCUACUGACGUUCAAACAGACGACGAAGUGGUAAUCGACACAUUAGUGGAAUCUAGGCCACUGCGACUCAUGUCUUCGGUAUUCUCCAGCACCUUGGUGCCAUUUACCAGCUAUCCUAGGGCUGCGGUCGAGCUACCAGGCCAGCUACUUGACAAAUCGGAAUCUCCAGCUGAAUUAAUUUCGAGGCAGAUGUUAGGAUCAAAAGGUCCGAUUUAUGAACACACCAAAGGUUUAAUACAAGAGAAAAGUGUGCAGGAAACAAUGGAACUGCCCGACGUGUCGGCAGCCGAUGGCGACGAGAGUAAUCAACAAUCAAUUAAAAAGACCCCGGAUGUGUCCGUGCAUCGAUAUGAAUGGUUCCGAUCCACUCUCGGAUGGACCAGCUCUGUGUAA